UCAGGGGAAGGCUAGAUUAGUUCCUGUUUCCAGAAAAACCUUUCAACCAUAUAUAUUAAUCAGUGAGUCUAGUCACUAGUCUUGUGUAUUUUCCUUCCAAUAGGAAUUUAACUAGGCCCUGCAUUCAAUUCUUAGUGAGUUAACAUCCAUGAUUGCAACAUUCUCCUCUCCUCCCCCUAUAUCUAAAGUGAAAAUACAUCAUGCUAGAUGCCUGAUUAGCUAGAGGCUGUCAGUAUCCAACAGCAGAUAAAUUCCUCAGCUUCAGCCCUGCUAAUGGUAUUGACUUUCAUCUGCCUGUGGCUUUUACUUGCUCUCUUGCUAUUAGGCUUGGAUGGGCUAGAUCUCACAGUAAGUUUGAGACACCUCUAGAAAUUGUUCCUGCUUUUUGUGUACCAUAAUCCUGAUUUAGUGAUAUACAGGGUAUAUUUACCCAGGGUCUUGAAUUCUGUGGAGCAAUUACUGGGAAAUUAUGUGUAUGUAGUCAACUUUGAAAGGUGGUGGUUGAUUAGAGAGGGUAGAUGUAUUUUAGAAUCAACUAUUAAAAUAUGUGGAAAUCUAGCACUGAUGGACUCCUUAGGUAUUUUAAAGGAGAUUGAUCCUCCCAUUUUGGAUGCUGCUUCUCAAGAUUUUAAUUAAUCUAAGUUUUGUGCCAUUUGGGGCCAAGAAAUGAAGGGAGUUCCCUUUCGUGCUCAUUAACAAUUUCAUCAUCUAAAAUUCUUCACUAAAUCGGGUAGGAAAUUAAUUCUGCCGUCAAAGAAGCCAUAAGGAACAGUGCAACACUCUGGCAUUACUGCAUCACAUUUUUCUUCCACUUGUUACCUGGAAUGUUAACAUUAGCAGUAUUUAUGUAGUCUGAGCAUAGGACUGGGCUAUGCAGUUGACUCACAGGGUGUUUUAUGUCUUCACUUAUAAAGUGGGAAUAACAGAUACAUGUACUUCUUGGGCUCUGGUGUGGAUAAUGUUUGCAUUGUUCUUUGAGAUCACAAAAGAAAACUAAGUUUAUGUGCUGUAACAUGUUCUUAUUUUAGUGAUUGGUAAAUUAUUCUCUGUAACCUGACUUCUGCCCAACGAGUGGACCUUCCCCAACAAUCUCCCAACUCCUUAUGCGUAGAUGAGUCUGACAGCUUGUUCAAAUACCUUGUGUAAACAGUGUAACUGUUUUGUAACUGAAAUUUGUUAUGGGUAAUUUUGGUAAUAUGUCUAUAAAAGCUGUUUUACAUUUUAUUUUUUUAAUAUAAAAACCUAUUUUUAAACUGUUUUGGCUUUUUCUGUUUUCCCACUCAUUCUUCCUGAAAUCUGACUUCAAGAAUUUUCCUUCUCUGAUUAAGCAGUGAGUGGAAAAAACAAAGGCUUUAGAGUCCCACAAUUGCAAUUCAAAUCUGACUCUAAAUCUGCCACUUAUUGUUGGCAUGACCAGUAGAAAUUAUUAAUUUACGUGAGCCUUCGUGCUCUCAUAUAUAAAGUAGGGAUAAUGAAACCAACUGUAGUAAAGUGGCCAACACAUCAUAGGAUCACAAGAGAAGGAAGAAUGCAUCAUACUCUUAAUGGGAGGAGGAAUUAGUAUAUUAAGUAUCACUAAGAUAUCCCCUAGCAUGCCCUCUCUAUAAUUCUUUCUCAGAGUAUCCAGGAACCUUCCCGGCAAAGGUGCUACUCAAUAACUGUCUUGUUGACCUACAUUUCAUGAGGCAAAUACAGACCUGUUUCAGCUUAGGAAAUAUAAAUUUAAUUAAAGCAGGUCUCACAAACUGGUAUAAUUGGUUGCCUCACAGUUGGGAUAUUAAGUGGCUGAAGAGCAGGGAGAAGAAGAGAAACUCUUUAUGCAUUCUUGUAAUUCUUGAAUUUUGAAACAUGUAAGUAUAUUACCUCUUCAAAACAUAGAUGACUAAGAUUUUUUUGCUUUAUUUUGCUUAUUGUUUGUUUUUAAAGGAGGCUUCAUAGUCUGGUCUGGAAUGUCUGUUGCUUUUCUUAUUUCAGCAGCCAUUCAUCAAGAGCUUGGGUGGUUUAAACACCAACUAAUCAUCAUUGUUUACCUAAUAAGCUUCUCCUAGAGACAGUUCUCUUUCUAUUACUGCUGCUACCAAUACCAAAUCAUCCAUGGAAAAAAUUGGUGACAAAUCCAGUUCCCUUCAUAUAUAUGUACACACACACGUACACACACAUACAUAUACACACACAUAUACACAUAUAUAUAUAUGUAUAUACCUCCCUUAGUCAAUCAGGUCAAUCAGUCAGCCACCAGAGCCUGGGUAUUCUAUUCAGCUAGUGUUUUUCUUUCUAUUUACACUGCAACCUUUAUAGUUUCAGACUCUCAUUGCUUUACAUCUUAACUAGUAUUAUAAUCUUCUAAUACCUGGCUUUCAAACUCUACCUCCUUCUGCUGAUCCUACACCUUGCUGCCAAAUUAAUCAUCCUAAAAGUUUGUUCCACUCCUGUCACUCCUGUGCUCAAUAACCUGUAGUCACAACUCAGUGACUACCAAAUCAAGUGUAAAUGCUCUCACCUGGCUUUAAGGCUCUGCGAUGAGGCCCUACCCUACCCUAUUCACCUUCACUCCCUUUACACACGCUGUUACACAUCCUGAUUCAUAUUAAACAAUUUGUCAUUUUCUGGAUAUAGCCUGUACUUUAACUUCCUUGAGUUCAUUUGAUACACAUCUAUUAGACAAAUUCUGUGUGCCAGGUACUGUUCCAGAUCCUGGGGAGACACAGAUGAAAAAGAAAGGCAAAAUCUCUCCCAUCUUGGAGAGGGACCACAUAUCUUGGAUGCCCUUUUUCCAGUGGUUGAAAUUCUAUCCAUCCUUAAGUGAAAGAAAUGAUGUCUUAAGAGAAGCUGAAAUUUUACACAAAGCUAGAUUUAGUUACAUUCUUCCAAUUUUGGGAAUUUGCAAUGAGCCUGAAUUUUUGGGAAUAGUUACUGAAUACAUGCCAAAUGGGUCAUUAAAUGAACUCCUACAUAGGAAAAAUGAAUAUCCUGAUGUUCCUUGGCCAUUAAGAUUUCGUAUUCUGCAUGAAAUUGCACUAGGUGUAAAUUACCUGCACAAUAUGAAUCCUCCUCUACUUCAUCAUGACCUGAAGACUCAGAAUAUCUUAUUGGAUAAUGAAUUUCACGUUAAGAUUGCAGAUUUUGGCUUAUCAAAAUGGCGCAUGAUGUCCCUGUCACAAUCACGAAAUAGUAAAUCUGCACCAGAAGGAGGGACAAUUAUCUAUAUGCCACCUGAAAACUAUGAACCUGGACAAAAAUCAAGGGCUACUAUCAAGCAUGAUAUAUACAGCUAUGCAGUUAUCACAUGGGAAGUCUUAUCUAGAAAACAGCCUUUUGAAGAAGUCACCAAUCCUUUGCAGAUUAUGUAUAGUGUGUCACAAGGACAUCGACCUGACACUAAUGAAGAAAGUUUGCCAUUUGAUAUACCUCAUCGAGCACUUAUGAUCUCUCUAAUAGAAAGUGGAUGGGCACAAAAUCCAGAUGAAAGACCGUCUUUCUUAAAAUGUUUAAUAGAACUUGAACCAGUUCUGCGAACAUUUGAAGAGAUAACUUUUCUUGAAGCUGUUAUUCAACUAAAGAAAACAAAGAAUGCUUCAAGUACCGCUCACUUAUGUGACAAGAAGAAAAUGGAGUUAUCUCUGAACAUACCUGUAAAUUAUGGUCCACAGGAGGAAUCGUGUGGAUCCGCUCAGCUCCAUAAAACUAGUGUUUCUCCUGGAACCUCAAGGACCCUUUCAGCUCCUCAAGACAAUGAUUUUUUAUCUAGAAAAACUCAAGACUUUUCUGUGAUGCGUCAAUGUCCAGUAAAUCACAGUUGUGACAGUAACAUUUCUGUGGCUCAAAGAGCAACAUUCUGUGAUCACAGGGCUGCUCCAUGCUCCUUAGCAAUAAUAAAUCCACUCUCAGCGGAGGGAAAUUCAGAGCAAUUUCAGCCUGGUAUAACCCAACAGUGGAUCCAGAGUAAAAGGGAAGAUAUUGUGAACCAAAUGACUGAAGCCUGCCUUAACCAAUCUCUAGAUGCCCUCCUGUCCAGGGAUUUGAUCAUGAAGGAGGACUAUGAACUCAUUAGUACCAAACCUACAAGGACCUCAAAAGUCAGACAAUUAUUGGAUACUAGUGACAUCCAAGGAGAAGAAUUUGCCAAAGUUAUAGUACAAAAAUUGAAAGAUAACAAGCAAAUGGGUCUUCAACCUUACCCAGAAAUACUUGUGGUUUCUCAAUCUUCAUCUUUAAAUUUAUUCCACAAUAAAAACCUAUAAGUAACUCUUUUUCAAGAAGAAAAGUCAAUGCAUAAAAGGCCUCAAGUAACAAUCAAGGUAACAACCAAAGUUAACAGCAUGAUGUGUAUCGUUCUAUCCCUUUCUUCCUGCUCAUACUUAAAGUAUAUGCCUGGGGGGGACUUUCAAGAUGGCGGAGGAGUAAGACAUGGAGAUCACCUUCCUCCCCACAAAUACAUCAAAAAUACAUCUACAGGACUUCCCUGGUGGCGCAGUGGUUGAGAGUCUGCCUGCCGAUGCAGGGGACACGGGUUCGUGCCCCGGUCCGGGAAGAUCUCACAUGCCGCGGAGUGGCUGGGCCCGUAAGCCAUGGCCGCUGAGCCUGCGCGUCCGGAGCCUGUGCUCUGCAACGGGAGAGGCCACAACAGUGAGAGCCCCGUGUACCGCAAAAAGAAAAAAAAAAAUACAUCUACGUGUGGAACAACUCCUGCGGAACACCUACUGAACACUGGUGGAAGACCUCAGACUUCCCAAAAGGCAAGAAACUCCCCACGUACCUGGGUAGGGAAAAAGGAAAAACAGAGACAAAAGAAUAGGGGCAGGACCUGCCCCUCCGGGAGGGAGCUGAGAAGGAGGAAACGUUUCCACAUACUAGGAAGCUCCUUCACUGGUGGAGAUGGGGGGUGGGCAGUGGGGAAGCUUCAGGGCCAUGGAAGAGAGCACAGCAGCGGGAGUGUAGAGGGCAAAGUGGAGAUAUUCCCACACAGAGGAUCAGUGCCUACCAGCACUCACCAGCCAGAGAGGCUUGUCUGCUCACCUGCCAGGGCGGGUGGGGGCUGGGAGCUGAGGCUCAGGCUUCGGAGGUUAGAUCCCAGGGAGAGGACUGGGGUUGCUUGUGUGAGCACAGCCUGAAGGGGGCUAGUGAUCCACAACUAUCUGGGAGGGAGUCCGGGAAAAAGUCUGGACCUGCCUAAGAGGCAAGAGACCAUUGUUUCAGGGUGCGCAAGGAGAGAGGAUUCAGAGCAUUGUCUAAACGAGCUCCAGAGACAGGCGCGAGCCACGGCUACCAGUGCGGACACCAAAGGCGGGCAUGAGACACUAAGGUUGCUGCUGCAGCCACCAAGAAGCCUGUGUGCCAGCACAGGUCACUAUCCACACCUCCCCUCCUGGAGCCUAUGCAGCCUGCCACUGACAGGGUCCCAUGAUCCAGGGACAAAUUCCCCGGGAGAACACAUGGUGCACCUCAGGCUGUUGCAACAUCACACCAGCCUCUGCCAGUCAGGCUCGCCCUGCUUUCCGUACCCAUCCCUCCCUCCUGGCCUGAGUGAGCCACAGCCCCCUAAUCAGCUGCUCCUUUAACCCCUCCCUGUCUGGGUGGGGAACAGACGCCCUCAGGUGACCUACACGCAGAGGUGGGGCCAAAUCCAAAGCUGAACCUCAGGAGCUGUGCAAAGAAGAGAAAGGGAAAUCUGUCCCAGCAGCCUCAGGAGCAGUGAAUUAAAUCUCCAUAAUCAACUUGAUGUACCCUGCAUCUGUGGAAUAUCUCAACAGACAACAAAUCAUCCCAAAAUUGAGACGGAGGACUUUGGGAGCAACUGUAGAGGUGGUGUUUGCUUUCUGCAUCUAAUUUGUUUCUGGUUUUAUGUUUAUUUUAGGUUAGUAGUUAGAGCUUAUUAUCAUUGGUAGAUUUGUUUAUUGAUUUGGUUGCUCUCUUCCUUUUGAUAUAUAUAUAUUUUUUUCAUUUUUCUCUUUUUGUGAGUGUGUAUGUGUAUGCUUCUUUGUGUGAUUUUUGUCUGUAUACCUUUACUUUUACCAUUUGUCCUAGGGUUCUGUCUGUCCAUUUUGGGGUUUUUUUUUGUUUUGUUUUAGUUUUUUUUGAAUAGUUUUUAGAGCUUUUAUCAUUGGUGGAUUUGUUUUUUGGCUUGGUUCUUCCUUUUUUUUAUUACUUUUUUAUUUUAAAAAAAUUUUUUUAAAUUUUUUCUAAUUAUUUUAUUUAUUUAUUUUUUAUUCUCCCUUUUCUUCUGAGUCAAGUGGCUGACAGGGUCUUGGUCUCUGCCCAGGUGUCAGGCCUGAGCCUCUGAGAUGGGAGAGCUGAGUUCAGGACAUUGGCCCACCAGAGGCCUCCCAGCCCCACGUCAUAUCAAAUGGCAAAAGCUCUCACAGAGAUCUCCAUCACAAUGCUAAGACCCAGCUCCACUCAACAACCAGCAAGCUACAGUGGUGCACACCCUAUUCCAAACAACUAGCAAGACAAGAACACAAGCCCACCCAUAAGUAGAGAGGCUGCCUAAAAUCAUAAUUCACAGACACCCCAAAACACACCUCUGGAUGCAGUCCUGCCCACCAAAGAUCCAGUCUCAUCCACCAGAACACAGGCACUAGUCCCCUCCAGCAGGAAGCCUACACAACCCACUGAACCAACCUUAGCUUCUGGGAGAAGAAACAGAAGCAACGAGAACUAUGAACCUGCAGUCUGUGAAAAGGAGACCCCAAACACAGUAAGUUAAGCAAAAUAAGAAGACAGAGAAACAAACAGAAGAAGGAGCAAGGUAAAAACGCACCACACCAAACAACUGAAGAGGAAACAGGCAGCCUACUGUAAAAAGAAUUCAGAGUGAUGAUAGUAAAGGUGAUCCAAAAUCUUGGAAAUAGAAUGGAGAAAAUACAAGAAACAUUUAACAAGGACCUAGAAGAACUAAAGAGCAGACAAACACUGAUGAACAAAAAUAAAUAAAAUUAACAAUUCUCUAGAAGGAAUCAAUAGCAGAAUAACUGAGGCAGAAGAACAGAUAAGUGACCUGGAAGACAAAAUAGUGGAAAUAACUACUGCAGAGCAGAAUAAAGAAAAAAGAAUAAAAAGAAUUGAGGACAGUCUCAGAGCCCUCUGGGACAACAUUAGAUGCACUAACAUUUGAAUUAUAGGGAUCCCAGAAGAAUAAAAAGAGAUUAAAAAAAGGGAUUUAGAAAUUAUUUGAAGAGAUUAUAGUUGAAAACUUCCCUAAUGUGGGAAAGGAAAUAGUCAAUCUUAAGUCCAGAAUGCACAGUGAGUCCCAUACAGGAUAAAUCCAAGGAGAAACACUCCAAGACACAUAAAAAUCAAACUAUCAAAAAUUAAAUACAAAGGACAAAUAUUAAAAGCAGCAAGGGAAAACCAACAAAUAACAUGCAAGAGAAUCCCCAUAAGGUUAACAGCUUAUCUUUCAGCAGAAUCUCUGCAAGCUAGAAGGGAGUGGCAGGACAUAAUUAAAGUGAUGAAAGGGAAAAACCUACAACCAAGAUUACUCUACCCAGCAAGGAUCUCAUUCAGAUAAAACAGAGAUAUUAACACCUUUACAGAGAAGCAAAAGCUAAGAGAAUUCAGCACCACCGAACCAGCUUUACAACAAAUGCUAAAGGAACUUUUCUAGGCAGUAAACACAAGAGAAGGAAAAGAGCUACAAUAACAAACCCAAGACAAUAAGAAAAUGGUUAUAGGAACAUACAUAUCAAUAACUACCUUAAAUAUAAAUGAAUUAAAUGGUCCCACCAAAAGACAUAGACUGGCUGAAUGUAUACAAAAAGAAGACCCGUAUAUAGGCUAUCUACAAGAGACUCACUUCAGACCUAGGGACAUAUACAGAGUGAACGUGAGGAGGUGGAAAAAGGUAUUCCAUGCAAAUGGAAAUAAAAGAAAGCUGGAGUAGCAAUUCUCACAUCAGACAAAAUAGACUUCAAAAUAGAGUAUCACAAGAGACAAAGAAGGACCCUACAUGAUGAAAAAGGGAUCAACCCAAGAAGAAGAUAUAACAAUUGUGAAUAUUUAUGCAUCCAACAUAGGAGCACCUCAAUACAUAAGGCAAAUGCUAACCAUAAAAGGGGAAAUCGAAAGUAACACAAUCAGAGUAGGGGACUUUAACACCCCACUUUCACCAAUAGAUCAUCCAAAAUGAAAAUAAAUAAGGAAACACAAGCUUUAAAUGAUACAUUAAGCAAGAUGGACUUAAUUGACUUUUAUAGGACAUUCUAUCCAUAAACAACAGAAUACACUUUCUUCUCAAGUGCUCAUGCAACAUUCUCCAGGAUAGAUCAUAUCUUAGGUCACAAAUCAAGCCUUGGUAAAUAUAAGAAAAUUGAACUCAUAUCAAGUAUCUUUUCCGACCACAAUGCUAUGAGAGUAGAUAUCAACUACAGGAGAAAAUCUGUAAAAAAUACAAAUGGGCUUCCCUGGUGGCGCAGUGGUUGGGAGUCCGCUUGCCGAUUCAGGGGACGCGGGUUCGUGCCCCAGUCUGGGAGGAUCCCACGUGCCACGGAGCGGCUGUGCCAGUGAUCCAUGGCCGCUGGGCCUGUACGUCCGGAGCCUGUGCUCUGCAGCGGGAGAGGCCACAGCAGUGAGAGGCCCACGUACCACCAAAAAAAAAAAAAAAAAAACAAACACAUGGAGGCAAAACAAUACACUACUAAAUAACCAAGAGGUCACUGAAGAAAUCCAAGAGGAAAUCAAAAAAUACCUAGAAACAAAUGAUAAUGAACACAUGGUGACCCAAAAUCUAUGGGAUGCAGCCAAAGCAGUUCUAAGAAGGGAGUUUAUAGCAAUACAAUCCUACCUCAAGAAACAUGAAAAAUCUAAAAUAAACAACCUAACCUUACACCUAAAGCAAGUAGAGAAAGAAGAACCCAAUAAAUAAACAAAUGAAUAGGAAAUGAAGGAAGCGAUAGCAGAGACCAUGAAAACUAAAAGCUGGUUCUUUGAGAAGAAAAACAAAAUUGAUAAAUCAUUAGCCAGACUCAUCAAGAAAAAAAGGGAGAAGACUCAAAUCAAUAGAAUUAGAAAUGAAAAAGGAGAAGUGACAACAGACACUGCAGAAAUACAAAUAAUCGUGAGAGAUUACUACAGGCAACUACCUGCCAAUAAAAUGGGCAGCCUGGAAGAAAUGGACAAAUUCUUAGAAAAGCACAACCUUCUGAGACUAAGCCAGGAAGAAAUAGAAAAUAUAAACAGAGCAAUCACAAGCACUAAAAUUGAGACUGUGAUUAAAAAUCUUCCAACAUACAAAAGCCCAGGACCAGAUGGAUUCACAGGCAAAUUCUAUCAAAGAUUUACAGAAGAGCUAGCACGUAUCCUUUUCACGUAUCUCUUCCAAAAUAUAGCAGAGGGAGGAACAGUCCCAAACUCAUUCUACAAGGCCAGCAUCAGCCUGAUACCAAAACCAGACAAACAUGUCACAUGAGAAGAAAACUACAGGCCAAUAUAACUGAUGAACAUAGAUGCAAAAAUCCUCAACCUAAUACUAGCAAACAGAAUCCAACAGCACAUUACAGGAAUCAUAAACCAUGAUCAAGUGGGGUUUAUCCCAGAAAAGCAAGGAAUCUUCAAUAUAUGCAAAUCAAUCUGUGUCAUACAGCAUUACAGUUAACAAACUGAAGGAUAAAAACAAUAUGAUGAUAUCAAUCGAUGCAGAAAAAGCUUUCAACAAAAGUUGACACCCAUUUAUGAUAAAAACCCUCCAGAAUGUAUGCAUAGAGGGAAUCCACCUUAAUGUAAUAAAGGCCAUAUAUGACAAACCCACAGCCAGCAUCGUUCUCACUGGUGAAAAAUGAAAAACUGAAACCGUUUCCUAUAAGAUCAGGAGCAAAACGAGUGGCCCACUCUCAACACUAUUAUUCCACAUAGUUUUGGAAGUUUUUGCCACAGCAAUCAGAGAAGAAAAAGAGAUAAAAGGAAUCCAAAUCGGAAAAGAAGAAGUAAAGCUGUCACUGUUUGCAGAUGACAUGAUGCUAUACAUAGAGAAUCCUAAAGAUGUUACCAGAAAACUACUAGAGCUUAUCACUGAAUUUGAUAAAGUAGCAGGAUACAAAAUUAAUGCACAGAAAUCUCUUGCAUUCCUAUUCACUAAUGAUGAAAAAUCUCAAAGAGGAAUUAAUGAAACACUCCCUUUUACCAUUGCAACAACAACAACAACAAAAUACCUAGGAAUAAACCUACCUAGGGAGACAAAAGACCUGCAUGCAGAAAACUAUAAUACACUGAUGAAAGAAAUUAAAGAUACAGACAGAUGCAGAGAUAUACCGUGUUCUUGGAUUGGAGGAACCAACAUGGUGAAAAUGACUCUACUACCCAAAGCAAUCUACCAAUUCAGUGCAAUCCCUAUCAAACUACCAAUGGCAUUUUUCACAGAAACAGAACAAAAGAAUUCACAAUUUGUAUGGAAACACUAAAGACCCCGAAGAGCCAAAGCAAUCUUGAGAAAGAAAAAUGGAGCUGGAGGAAUCAGACUCCCUGACUUCAGACUAUAUUACAAAGCUACAGUAAUCAAGACAAUAUGGUACUGGCACAAAAACAGAAAUAUAGAUCAAUGGAACAGGAGAGAAAGCCCAGAGAUAAACGCACGCACAUCUGGUCACCUUAUCUUUGAUAAAGGAGGCAGGAAUAUACAGUGGAGAAAGGACAGCCUCUUCAGUAAGUGGUGCUGGGAAAACUGAACAACUACAUGUAAAAGAAUGAAAUUAGAACACUUCCUAACACCAUACAUAAAUAUAAACUCAAAAUGGAAUAAAGAUGUAAAUGUAAGGCCAGACACUAAAAAACUCUUAGAGGAAAACAUAGGCAGAACACUCUAUGACAUAAAUCACAGCAAGAUCCUUUUUGACCCACGUCCUAGAGUAAUGGAAAUAAAAACAAAAAUAAAUGGAACCUAAUGAAACUUGAAAGGUUUAGCACAGCAAAUAAAACCAUAAACAAGACAAAAAGGCAACCCUUAGAAUGGGAAAAAAUAUUUGCAAAUGAAGCAACUGACAAAGGGUUAAUCUCCAAAAUAUACACGCAGCUCAUGCAGCUCAAUAUCAAAAAAACAAACAACCCAAUCCAAAAAUAGUCAGAAGACCUAAAUAGACAUUUCUCCAAAGAAGAUAUACAGAUUGCCAACAAACACAUGAAAGGAUGCUCAACAUCACUAAUCAUUAGAGACAUGCAAAUCAAAACUAUAAUGAGGUAUCACCUCACACCAAUCAGAAUGGCCAUCAUCAAAAAAUCUACAAACCGUAACUGCUGGAGAGGGUGUGGAGAAAUGGGAACCCUCUUGCACUGUUGGUGGAAAUGUAUAUUCAUACAGCCACGAUGGACAAUAGUAUGGAGGUUCCUUUAAAAACUAAAAAUAGAACUACCAUAUGACCCAGCAAUCCCACUACUGGUUCUAAGCACUGAGAAAACCAUAAUUCAAAAAGAGUCAUGUACCACAAUGUUUAUUGCAUCCCUAUAUACAAUAGCCAGGACAUGGAAGCAAUCUAAGUGUCCAUCAACAGUUGAAUGGAUAAAGAAGAUGUGGCACAUAUAUACAAUGGAAUAUUACUCAGCCAUAAAAAGAAACGAAAUUGAGUUAUUUGCAGUGUGGUGGGUGGACCUAGAGACUGUCAUACAGAAUGAAGUAAAUCAGAAAGUGAAAAACAAAUACCGUAUGCUAACACAUAUAUAUAAAAUCAAAAAAAAAGGGGGGGUUCUAAAAAACCUAGGGGAAGACAGGAAUAAAGAGACAGAUGUAGAGAAUGGACUUGAGAACACAGGAGGGUGAAGGGUAAGCUGGGACAAAGUGAGAAAGUGGCAUGGACUUAUAUAUACUCACAAAUGUAAAAUAAAUAGGUAGUGAGAAGCAGCCACAUGGCAGAGGGAGAUCAGCUCGGUGCUUUGUGUCCACCUAGAGGGGUGGGAUAGGGAGAGUGGGAAGGAGAUGCAAGUGGGAGGAGAAAUCCGGAUAAUUGUAUAUAUAGAUGAUUCACUUUGUUAUACAGCAGAAACUAACACACCAUUGUAAAACAAUUAUACUCCAAUAAAGAUGUUAAAAAGAAAAAAACAUAUCCUAUGAUAAACCAUAAUGGAAAAGAAUAUUUAAAAAAGAGAAUAUAUAUAUAUAUAUAUAUAUAUAUAUAUAUGUAUGACUGAGUCACUUUGCUGUACAGCAGAAAUGAACACAACAUUGUAAGUCAACUAUACUUCAAUUUAAAAAAAUUAAGGUUAAAAAAAAAUAAAUAUAUGCCCAUUUGGGGAUGGAUCUUUUCUUAAUAUUAUCAUCCUUAUAACACAUCAUACUGCAACCUGAUUUUUGCGCUUAAUGGUACAUAAUGUGCAGCCUUCCAGAUCACAUAUAAGCUUAAUUCAUUCAUUGUAAUUGCCACAUAAUAUUAUCAGGGAUGCUUUUUUCAUUUUCUUAACUCUUUCACACCAAUAAUAUACAGUGUGAGGUCUUUUUUUGUUUAGUGUGUUAUGUCACUAAUGUGAAAACUUACAAGUAAUAAUAGCCCUUUUCUGAAAAUGUUUAUUAGCAGUGUCAGCAAAAAGUGUGAUACAAGAUAAAUUUGAAAGUACAAGUUUUCAAGUUGGGAUAUACAGUAUGACCCACAGUUUGAAAAAAGAAAAAAAUGAGUAAAAUGACUAGAUGGCAUUGAGACAAUUAAAUAUUUUAUUAAAAUAAGUAUUUUAAUCUCCAUUUUGGAGCUGGACCUGUGGUGCCUCAUUACUGUGUCUUUGAGAAAUAUGGAAAUUACUAGGGAAAGUUGGAAACUAAGCUUGUGAGUUAUAUUUUAUUAUAUCUUAUUUUUUAAAGUGUUUGGAUAAAGAUUUAAUUUGGGAAAUGGGAGGGAAAAUCUUUUGGAGGCUUUACCCGUUUCUGUAUACAAUUUUGUAAGAAUUUUGAAUCUUGAUGGUUUCAAAUAGACUUUUAUCAUUUGAUGAUGUGGUAUCUGGA